AUGACUUCCAUCGCCGUCACAGUCGCCGGCAAAUCCUCCCUCUUUGAACAAGCACACCCCCCUUUGACACCCGUCACGAGUGCGCAAUGGAAAUCUGCUUUGUGUGAGAUAAAGCUGCUCUACAUCCAAAGACAGUAUAAACGAUGCGUCGCCCGUUCGUCAUCUAUUCUCGCGGGGGCGAGGGAGCCUAUGAACCCCAUCUAUAAGAUUUACCUGCAUUUCUACAAUGCUAUUUGCUACGAGGCGAUGGGGUUGUACGCGCACGAGUAUUCGAGCAAGAAGGUACCGUUACUGCAUAAGACGUUUGAUUGUCCGGACGAUGAUCCGUUUCUGUCAGACUUGGACAGCGAGGAUAUUGCUGGCAAUGAGGAUUACAACACGAUUUACAGAAGCGACGGGGAGAACCCCGAUUCACAGCUGGAGCCAGAGCUGGAGCAUCUCUUGGUGCCGUCCCCAUUGCAAGUCCGCAAGUCUAAGUCCUCCACAGCUUUCCUGAUCCUUCCGCUGUCUUUUUAUCCUUGUAACGGAAUGGAAAGCACUCUCCAGACCCAACAGAGCCAUCUCCGGGCUAGGGCUGCAUUCGCAUCAGAGCUUCAUCCCCAGCCACAUCCUCUUCCACCUUUCUCUGACUCUCUUCGUAUCGACACGGGUCCAAAAUCAACGGCCGCGGUCAAUAGCACAGGUAAUGCUUUUAGAGAGAAUGCUUAUGCCUAUUACCCAGCACGAAAUACAUUUCGUUCGCUAUCCACAAGCACCAUCAACUACAGCCAUGAAUACUACAGCAAUCUCACCUUCCUCCACACCCAGAUAACGAACACAACCACGCACCUCCAAGCCCUAAUCCAAGACGCGGGGGUUUACAGCGGUCAUCCUCGUUCUGGUCGUUUAGUCCAGUAA